GGGAGGACGAGGCUGAGCAAAGGCCCAGUUUGAAGCAGCUGCUGCCUGAGCUGGGUAUCGCCCAGCCCCCGGUCUUCCUGUGUGUAGUUGCGAGAAAUACUAUCUACUGGGUGUCUGCAGUUUAGGACAGCUGUGAUUCUUGGGGUUAAGGAAUUAUUCUUGACAGAAGCAUUUGAAAAUAAAAAUCUGUACCAUGGCCUCAGCAGUACUUAGUUCUGUUCCCACUACAGCCUCUCGUUUUGUCCUUUUACAAGUAGAUAAUGGCAGUGGUUCUGAUUCUGAGCCUGGAAAAGGGAAAGGCUGGAAUACUGGAAAGUCUCAAACUAUGGGAAGCAAAUCAACUGCAAAUGAGAAAAAAAGAGAAAAAAGAAGAAAAAAGAAAGACCAGCAACAGAGUGAAGCAAAUGAGCUUAGGAAUCUUGCUUUUAAGAAGAUUCCCCAGAAAUCCUCUCAUGCUAUUUGUAAUGCUCAUCAGGACCUUCCAUUGUCAAACCCCGUACAGAAGGAUUCACGAGGUGAAAACUGGCAAGAAUGGAGACAAAGAGAUGAAGAGCUGACAACUGAAAUGUUUGAAGCUGAUCUUGAGAAGGCAUUACUGCUAAGUAAAUUAGAAUAUGAAGAGCACAAAAAGGAGUAUGAAAAUACUGAAAAUGCUUCAACUCAUUCAAAGAUUAUGCAUAAAAAAGGAAAGAAUCAUCAAGGAAGAGAUAAACCUCUCACAGUUUCACUAAAAGAUUUCCAAUCUGAAGAUUGCAUUAGUAAAAAGACUGUGGAAUUGAGUUCUUCCCAGACUUUAUCACAUGAUGGAGGAUUCUUCAAUAGAUUGGAAGAUGAUGUUCAUAAAAUUCUUAUUAGAGAUAAAAGAAGAGAACAGCUUACAGAAUAUAAUGGAACAGAUAACUGUACAGCUCAUGAACACAAGGAAGUGGUUCUUAAAGAUGGAAGAAUUGAAAGACUAAAGUUGGAACUUGAAAGGAAAGAUGCUGAAAUCCAGAAGCUGAAAAAUGUGAUCACUCAAUGGGAGGCAAAGUAUAAAGAAGUAAAGACAAGAAAUGCACAGUUACUGAAAAUGCUUCAGGAAGGUGAAAUGAAAGAUAAAGCAGAAAUACUUCUGCAAGUUGAUGAAUCACAAAGUAUCAAGAAUGAGCUAACUAUACAGGUAACUUCACUUCAUGCUGCAUUAGAACAAGAAAGAUCUAAAGUGAAAGCAUUACAAGCAGAAUUAGCCAAGUACCAGGGUGGCAGAAAAGGAAAAAGAAACUCUGAAUCUGACCAGUGCAGGUGAUUACAUUAGCCUUUGAAGUCAACACAAAAAUUAAACUUUCAGGGCUUUUCAAAAAUGUAGAUAUUUAAUGUUGUGCAGCUGCUAGACUAUGCAGUUUUGUUGAAGGAACAACAAGCAACUAGCUAAUAGUCUAUAA